UCUGUGGAGCACAAAAAGUGGAAUGUGUGUACACUUCUGGUUAACGUGUAAACCGCGGAUGGAGCAGAUGCCUAUGGUGGAUAAACUCCCACAGGCUUGACACGCUGCCCGUCACCACACCGUGUGCACGCUGGUUUUUCCACGGAGCUGUAAUCGCUAUUACCGGUCAGACAAACUAUUUGGCGUGUGGAACUGGUGGAGAUUUCGAAACUGAAUUCGCAUGAUAUAUAAUUUUUUUCAGAGGAUUGUUGACAAAACUACGAAAUAACAAUUGAUGAGAGUUGCAGAGUCGAUUUUGGAGCAAACUGGUAGUCUGUAAGGACGCUGGGUGCGAAGUGUGCCCCGCAUUCCUCAUUUCAUGUCAGGAACUUCGCCAACCUCCACUCGCUAUCAGUACUAAAUCUUGUCUCUGAGCACAGAAGGAUGAAUGUCUUCCAUCAUGGCUCAUUUCAAGUCUGCUUCCUUCUCCUUUGCGCUUUUCUGAGCAACGCUGUUGCCUUUGAGAAUCCAUGGUCUGACACGGACGACCUGGGGUCGUACUUCACCAACGAGUUUGCCGUGCAAAUCGAAGGGGGGAUAGAUGUUGCACGGAGCGUGGCCUCAGACCAUGGGUACCAACUUCAGAUGCAGAUCGGAAGCCUGCCAGACCAUUAUCUUCUCCAACAUGACGAAACCCCGUCCAGAUCGAAGCGGGAAACCGACGAACGUCACACCAAGAAACUUGCAGAUGACCAUCGGGUGUUGUGGUUCCAACAACAAGAAGCCAAACGUCGAACUAAACGCAAUGUGGAUAAACGAUUCUUGAGAUCAACCGACUUCAACGACCCGCUCUAUGAGGAGGAGUGGUAUCUGAAUGGCGAUUAUAAGGAACAGAGGGGUAUGCAACCGGACAUGAACGUGAGACAGCUGUGGGAGAAAGGAAUUACUGGAAAAGGUGUGGUCGUGUCCAUUGUCGACGACGGACUGGAAGUAGCCCAUUCGGACAUCGCCAAGAACUAUGAUCCUCUAGCAAGCUGGAACUUUAAGGAGAAACGAAACGACCCAACACCUCCCAAGAGCACCUACAAUCAUAAUGGCCACGGCACACGCUGUGCCGGUGAAGUGGCCAUGGUUGCUGACAACGGAAAGUGUGGUGUUGGCAUCGCCUACGAGGCUAAUAUUGGAGGCAUACGCAUAUUGGAAGGGAAAAUAACUGACGCUGUGGAAAGCGCGUCGUUGUCUUAUAACCUGGACCACAUCGACAUCUUUAGCUCCAGUUGGGGACCGACCGACGACGGCAUGACGACAGAUGGCCCUGGACCACUCACCAAAAAAGCACUAGAAGAGGGCAUCAAACGGGGCAGGAACAGCAAGGGCGUCCUCUACGCCUGGGCGUCGGGCAACGGUGGGUCCGAAGACAACUGCAACUGUGACGCGUACUCGAGCAGCAUUUACACCAUCGCUACGUCCAGCGUGUCCGAGACCGGCCAGAAGACAUUUUACGGCGAGACCUGCUCAUCCAUCCUAACGACUUCGUACAGCAGUGGAUCUGGGAAGGCACGUGGCGUCGUCAGUGCCUCAUUGCACAAUCAGUGUACCAAUGAUCACGGCGGUACCUCAGCAUCAGCACCCAUGACGGCAGGGGUGCUUGCCUUACUGCUGCAAGCAAACCCCGAUGUAACUUGGCGCGAUGCCCAACACAUCAUUGUCCAGACUUCCAACACUAGACUCUUACGAGAAGCCGAGGGAGUGGAAUGGCGCCGUAACGCGGCCGGUCACGUGUUCAGCGACUACUUCGGAUUCGGGCUGUUGGAUGCCGAGGCUAUGGUCGAUCUCGCCAACCCCGAGAGUUGGAUGUCAGUUCCCGAAAAGAGUGUCUGUACGAUCAAAGCCGGACCCUCGUUCACGGAAAGAAAACUCACGCGCAACCAACCAAUCAAGCUAGAUAUAGUGACGGACGGAUGUGAGGGAACCAGCGAUGAAGUCACUUACCUAGAGCACGUGAUUUUUUCAGUGUCCAUCGACUACAGUCGCCGCGGGGCUCUCAAUGUACACCUUACCUCUCCAUCCGGAACCAAGACGAAGCUAUUGACUGAGCGCCGUGAGGACUCCUCAGAUGAGAGUAUGGACAACUUCCCUCUGAUGUCUGUGCAACUUUGGGGAGAGCAAGCGGCAAUUGGAGACGGAGUCUGGAAACUCGACAUCUUUGACUCGACUUUGGAAGACAUUAGCGUCGGACACAACGGUUACCUACGAGACUGGAGGCUUGAACUUCACGGGACUAAGGAACUACCGAAGUACGUGAAUUCAGCCAGGGGACCGUAGCUGUGAAAGUAACUCGCUGGUGCACGGAAUGGACCUUCUCCAGAAACUGAGAUUGAGAUACUAACUGAGAACAGAGACCCAAAUCAUUUACUUUCUUACAAUAGAAAGUAGGUUUGCGGUAGCACCAUGGACGUAUCUCUUUUGUGAGUAUUUGCGGUUCUGA